AUCCGAGCAGAUGGUCCUCCCCAUGGUGGAAUUCAGUAUGAAAUGGUGACAGUUUUCAAGGACGGGAGCCCAGUCCUUCGAGACAUGGCCUUCUCCAUCGAUCAGAAGUAUCUGUACGUCAUGUCAGAGCGACAGGUGUCCCGGGUGCCCGUGGAGUCCUGCGGGCAGUACACGACCUGCGGGGAGUGCCUCAGCUCCGGAGACCCCCACUGCGGCUGGUGCACCCUCCACCACAUGUGCUCCCCGAGGGACAGCUGCGAGCGAGCGGAGGAGCCGUCCCGGUUUGCAGGCAGCAUCAACCAGUGCAUGAGCCUCACGGUGCAGCCCGGCAGCAUCUCUGUGUCCCAGCACAGCCUCCCGCUGUUGAAAGGAAAAGCUUUGUUUCCCAAAAACCUCAUCUAUGUUCCUGCCAUACCCGUGGAUCAGGACUGGUUCGGUGUGGUGCUGCAGCUCAAGUCGCGGGAGACGGGGAGGACCUUUGUCAGCACGGAGUUCAAGUUCUACAACUGCAGUGCCCACCAACUGUGCCUGUCCUGUGUGAACAGCGCGUUCCGCUGCCACUGGUGCAAGUACCGGAACCUCUGCACCCACGACCCCACCACGUGCUCCUUUCAGGAGGGACGGAUCAACGUCUCUGAGGACUGUCCCCAGCUCUUCCCCACAGAGGAGAUCCUGAUCCCCGUGGGAGAGGUGAAACCCAUCACGCUGAAGGCGAGGAACCUGCCCCAGCCGCAGUCCGGCCAGCGCGGCUACGAGUGUGUGCUCAGCAUCCAGGGCGUGAUCCACCGCGUGCCCGCCCUGCGCUUCAACAGCUCCAGCGUCCAGUGCCAGAACAGCUCGUACCUCUAUGAUGGGAUGGACAUCAGCAACUUAGCAGUGGACUUUGCGGUGGUUUGGAACGGGAACUUUGUUAUCGACAACCCGGAGGAUCUGAAAGUGCACCUCUACAAGUGUGCGGCUCAGCGCGAGAGCUGCGGGCUCUGCCUCAAAGCCGACCCCAAGUUCGAGUGCGGGUGGUGCAGCCGCGAGGCCACGUGCGCGCUGCGGCCCUCUGGGCCCGCCUGUCCCAGCCGCAACGUCAAGUGCUCCAACCCGCGCAUCACCGAGAUCCUGACGGUGUCAGGCCCCCCGGAAGGAGGGACGAGGGUGACCAUCCGUGGCGUGAACCUGGGCCUGGAUUUCUCGGAGAUCGCCCACGGGGUGCAGGUGGCCGGGGUGCCGUGCUCGCCCCUGCCUGAGCAGUACGUCGUCGCCGAACAGAUUGUCUGUGAAAUGGGGCAGGGGCUUCCAGGGAUCAGCUCCGGCCCAGUGCUCCUGUGCAUCGGAGAGUGCAAGCCCGAGUUCACGGCCAAGUCCACGCAGCAGUACACGUUCGUGACUCCAGUGGUGAGUUUUCUGAAUCCCAGCCGCGGUCCAGAGUCGGGAGGGACGAUGGUGACCAUCUCCGGGCACUACCUGGGGGCCGGCAGCCGUGUGUCAGUGCUCCUGGGAAACCAGACCUGCGAAUUCUACGGGUAA